AGUUUUCAACUUAAAAUUAAAAAUAAUAAAUAGUAGUAACACUAACCAUAAAUACUACUGAUGUAAAUUUUUGCGGGUUUCAUGAACAUUUUUUAUAGAGCAUUUUAAGCGUGUAUGGUAUAAGAUAAACCCAUAAAAGCAUGGAAAGUAUUACAGUGAAAGACGACGACCACUUCGUUCUGGGGAAGAACGCUCUUGAUACUCCUACCAUUCAAACGGCUGUUGAUCGUGAGCCAUCCUCGGGUGCUGAUAUUUCAGCCCUGCCUCAAGUACCCUCGACUUCGGUUCUUCAUGAACUGAUCCAGUCUACACCUCUCAUUCCAAAGGAAGAAGUUGCUGCUAUACAGCCGCCUGCAGCGAGACUGCUGCCGUCUGACAGCAUUCCGCAGAGCGGAUCAAAUCCGAACCUUUUUGCUUCCGCCAUAACGGUGGACGAAACUAGUGACAGUUAUGGAAAAAUUUCGCGGGCAGAAUCCCGUUCAAGAUCCAACACUCCUGCUUCGGGUAACCUGAAGGUGCCGGCGAAAGAGACCGCGCCGAUUGCGGAAAAGCAGCUCGCGACGGUUGUAGCGGAUGGUAGCUGGAACCACUUUGGUCAGACUACGAUAUUGCCCGGAAUGGAAAGCGGAUAUGAAAUUAAUUUGGGUGAUAUUCUGGUCCAUAAUACCAGCGUUACUGUGGCUCAAAAUGUAAAGAGCGCUUGGAUUCCAAACGAACGAACCAAUGGAGCACUGCAGGCAGUUGCGGCAGCAAUCCCGCCUUCGGACUUCCUCGGUGCAGACCAGCUAACCAAGCCCUGCAUUCAGUCGGAUAAGCUGUUCGUUAAUCCAGCGUUUGAUCUGGCCUUGCGACUAGUGGGAACCAUUCCACCGUCAUUCAUUCCGGAUAAUCCUGAUAAUAUGCUCAACCGGGGUGAUCUGAAGGGACUGCUCGAGAAAGUUUAUACUUCCGCUGCCAACUUGUCGGCCAAGCUACUGUCAUCGUUGCACCAAGGAUACGGACAGACAGGCAAUCAGAUCCGACACUCUCCGGAAUCUUUGAUGAUUUGGUAUUGCCGUUUGGCUAGCCUUGUGCUCUCCGACCAGGUUGAUUUAGCAGCGAAAGAAAUGGAAGCUUUUGGAGAUCUUGAUAAUCCCGACCUUUAUUUUGACUACUACGCUGAUUACGCCGCAAAGGGAUUGUCCGGUUCGAUGGUACCGUUUGAAUUUCGUUUGCUCCAUGCACAGAUUCCCCAGCUGCUGGGCAGCCCGCGUGUUGCUUUGGAUAGACUGCAUCUUGUACGGGGGAAGGUUGAAAAGCUACUACUGGAUGACAGCAAAUAUCAGCAAUUCGGUAGUCAAAAUGAUGCUUCUGCCUUCCGGAGCUGUUGGCAGACACGGCGUAUUGCUGUGCUGUUUCUCAUCGUCCGCGCAGCCAUACAUUCAGAAGAUUUUGAUACAGCUAUUUCGCUGAUUGGAUUUUUGAUGAAACUGUUACCUGACAAGGCAUGCCGACUGUGGCAUUCGAUGGGGCUCUUACACUGCCAUAUCGGGACGCCAAAAAUGGCCAGUUUGGCGUUUGAGAACUCUGAAAAGCUGCUGCCGGGUGAUUCUCCAGAGCAUAAGUACUUGACGUUGCUCCAUCAGGCUCUGCUAACUAUCUGUGAGGGGCAGGUGGUACAUUCUUUGGAGAUAUAUCGGCAGUUAUUUAGUCUUAAUCCAAAGGAUUCUGCAGCUGCGAAUGCCAUAUCAGUCGCGCUGAUGUACAGUGGUCGGAUGUCGGAAGCGAUGGUUUUCUUGGAAAAUCUGGUUCUGCAACAACCAGUGGUGUUUUUGACGGAACAGACAAUUACUAAUUUGGCAGCGAUGUAUGAUUUGCACAAUAUCCAUACCCGGACUCACAAACUGCGAAUUCUUUCUUUAAUCUGCCAGUACAUGCCUGAUGGACACGGUGUGGCUUAUUUAAAGUUGGGAAUUAACGAGUCCUGAGUCCCUGACAUCUGUAGUAAAGUAUCUACGGUGUACUUUUCGUUUUAUACCAGUUACGCUGCAUGUGAUAAACAGUUUUCUGGUGAUGUUGCGGGAACAAAAAAAAACAACCAUUUAAUUUAUUAAAUAAAUACGUGGAAACAAUUUCCACAAAAACCGCCGGCAUCACAACUGA